AUGUUUCCUAAUAUGAUUCAAAUCAAGGCAGCUGCUUUAGUCAUGAUUUUCGCUGGCCAUGUGCUUGCCGGACCAGUUGAAUCCCGACAAGCCUCUGUGAGCAUUGAUGCCAAAUUCAAGGCCCAUGGGAAGAAAUAUUUGGGAAAUAUUGGUGAUCAGGGCACCUUGACUAAGAAUGAGAAGACCCCGGCAAUCAUCAAGGCUGACUUCGGCCAACUGACUCCGGAGAACAGUAUGAAGUGGGACGCCACUGAGCCAAACCGAGGACAGUUCUCCUUCACAGGGUCUGACUACCUGGUCAACUUUGCCCAGUCAAAUGGGAAACUGAUCCGCGGCCACACUCUUGUGUGGCACUCCCAGCUCCCAUCUUGGGUCUCUUCCAUCUCAGACAAAACAACCCUGAUCGAUGUCAUGAAAAAUCACAUUACCACGGUGAUGAACCACUACAAGGGCAAAAUCUACGCCUGGGACGUUGUAAACGAAAUUUUCAACGAGGACGGUUCCCUUCGUAACAGUGUCUUCUACAAUGUGAUUGGCGAAGACUUUGUGCGGAUCGCCUUCGAAACAGCUCGUGCUGCAGACCCAAAUGCAAAGCUCUACAUCAACGACUACAACCUGGAUACUGCCUCUUAUCCUAAAUUGGAGGGUAUGGUUAGCCAUGUCAAAAAGUGGAUUGCUGCUGGUAUCCCAAUUGACGGAAUCGGCUCUCAAACCCACUUAAAUGCCGGUGCUGCUCUCAAUGCUCUAGCCAGUGCAGGAACGAAGGAGGUCGCUAUCACUGAGCUUGAUAUUGCUGGCGCCAGCUCUACCGACUACGUGAAUGUUGUCAAAGCUUGCCUGAACCAGCCGAAAUGUGUCGGAAUCACCGUUUGGGGAGUUGCUGACCCGGAUUCGUGGCGCUCCAGUUCGAGCCCAUUGCUUUUCGACAGCAACUAUAACCCCAAGAAUGCAUACACUGCCAUCGCAAAUGCCCUCUAG